CUUCGGGCUUUGCCAGGCUGCAAAAUGGCGGAAGCAGGCGCGGAGGCCCAGGACGCCGUUUCCGCUCGCGGUCGGCAGCCAAUCAGCGGCGGCGGGAGCAUGCGCGCGGGGGAUUCGAACGUCGCGGCGGUUGGCGCUGAGAGGAGGAGGAGGAGGAGGAGGAAGAGGAAGGAGGCCAAGGGCCCCUCGCGGUGCCGCGGGGACUCCCGAGCAGCUGCAAUGUGACGAAAUAAACCUGACAUUCUCAGAUCCCACUGCCUUUUUUAUAUAACCAAAAAAGACACUUACAUGAAGAGGUCUUUAAUGAAUUUGCUUUUGGCGCGAAAAGGAGUAGUAAUACCUGUUUUAUCAAGAUGAUUGCUGUACCUUUAAAAGACCGAGGGAUCUCAGUGUCUCCGCUUCCUUCUCAUGGAAGAGGAGAAAUCUCCUUGAAAGCUGUUCUCCUAAGCAACAUCCCUGGAGGUACACCUUUAAAGGAUCUUGUGAAGUUUCAAGUGAAUUGUGUUUCUGCUUCAGCAGCAAAGAAAGCUACUCUUCCUUCAGUGGUUUUGUCCCACCAAAAAGUUUGCUUGGAAAAAGAUGUUAAAGGAGAAAACAUUUUCCAGUCCACUCUAAUAGGCGAUGGCUCCCGUGCUAAAGAAUUCCUUGACCUCAGUGAGAUAAAACCCGCUUCCAAAGACGGAUUGAAGCCACUUUCCUCCUGUCUGAAACAGGAAGCUCUCCCACGGACAGGGAAUGCCACCCUGAAACGUAAAGCUUGUGAACCAUUAUCCCUUGAAUCUCCAGCAAAAGUCUUCACAAGAAUGAAGACUAGGACAGCUCUUGCAAAACAGCAGAACGAGCCAUUAGAAAAGAAAGUAUUAGACACAACCAGCACCACAGAUUAUAUUCUCACUCCUGACAGGCAUUUGGGCCCUUUGGGAAGACGAGACAAAAAAUCCAUUGCUGAAGAUGAUAAGCCAAAGGAGAGGCCUGCUGAGGAGCCUCUUAGGGAGGCAAAGGAAGAACAAGUGCCCAGUCAUAUUGCAAAGAACAAAAAUGUGUGUUCUGCAGUCACAGGCCCUCUGGUUUUGGAAUCACCUCACAAAUUCUUCUCACGUGUGAAGCAGAAGAUGCAGCAGAAACUGUUGGAAACAGUAGAUGUUGCAUCUUACCAACCCAAGCCAAGUCUCCCUCCUUCACCUGCAGUGAAGCAAUCUUUAACUUCACCCAGUUCACCCAAACAACUAAAUAAUCUUAAUGGAGAGUGUCUAAACACUACUGUCAAUCAGGAUGAUGUCUUUCUUGUGGAACCAGUUGAACUGGACAAUGAGACUUUUAACAUGGAAGCCAAUGCUACAGACAUGAGCUAUGAUCUUGUUAAACCUGGAGAACACUUGGAAGAAAUGGAACCUGGAAGGUUUUCUGAAGAAGGAAGAGCGUUGCAUCAGUCCAGUCAGAAACCUACCCAAAGCGGACAGCAGGAGUUGAAGUCUGGGUCUCAGAGGGCUUCCCAACACUUAUGUGAUAUUAUUUUUGCUACUCCAAAAGUCCACAUACCAAGAAAACAAAAACCAGCGGGGGCUAAUUCCAAGGUGCCCUUGGGCACACCUUGCACUGAUACAACCCAUGUUGAUGCAAAUGAGGAGCAGAUAAUCUGCCUCAGUGGAUGGAGAAUCAAGGUGAUCAAUAACAAUACUGCUGUGUGUCUCGAAGGAAAACGGAGGGAUAUGAAGGAUAUUUACUGGCAUAGCAGUGCUAUUGUGGAACGAAUGACACACAACAAAGUUGGAACUUUAUCUGGAAACGUCUACAAGUUAGAAGGGGGUGUAGAUGAAAGCACCAUGAAGAAAGAAGGAAUACCAGCUAAAUUCAUAAGGAGGCUUGGGUUGGGCAUUCCAAGAAACUGGAAAAUAUAUGCGGAUGACCUGCUUCGUUUUCUGAGGAGGAAAGAGCAGAGAGCCUUCCCUUCAAGCAAGGACAGCAAUGAAAGAGGGGAGGAGCCAAUGGAAAUGGAGGGUGCAGAAGACUGGCCCCCAAAAGUUGGGAGAAGAUCUAGAAUGAAAAACACCACUUACGAAGUAUUGGCACUGCAAAAUAACAAGCUUGGUGUGCAGCCACAAAUGUUACCUUUGCAGAACGUCCAUGAUGCAAGCAUCACCCGUAGCGGCCGGCGCGUUAAGUCACCUAUGCAGUUCUGGUGUGGCGAACGGAUACUGAUUGAUCAGGCAUUAAACGUCACUGUGACCAAAGGGGGCACCAACUACCUCACUCCUACGGUGAGCAGCACACGGCAUCGGGUCCGGCAAGAUGUCAGCUCCCCAAAGGAAAAGAGAGAGGCUAACCUGAAGGCUCGUGAAGUACCCACAAGCCAAACAAAAGGAAAAACUAGUGCAAGACUUGAAAAGACCACCAGACAAACUAAGCCUGAUGAUAAGCAAAAUUCUCAACAUUGUGUUUCAGACUCUGAGGAAAGCGACCAUGAAUUCACCAUUGAUGAUGUUCGGAAGAAGCAGGCUGUUGUUACCUUGACGCCACUGAACCAUAAAAAGCUGUGUGGAAAGAACUCCAAGAAUAGCCGCCACUCCAGAAGGAAGAGGAAUGUGCCAAAGCAGGGUGGAAAAGCCAAUGGCUAUGGAAGACAUUUAGCUGACAGAGAACCAGCCAUUUUCCAAUACCCAUUAAGAUCACGGAAACGAGCCUGCCAAACGGAGCAAGUUGCAGAACGCGUCCCCAGCACAAAUGAAGAUGAAUCUAGUGACGAUAGCCCAUGUAUCAAGAGGAAAGCACAGCCGUCUUUCAAAAGAGGGGAAGAAAGUGAUGCAAGGAAGCAGUUGCCUGAGCCCAGAGGAACAGAGGCUCCUUCCGCCCUUUCUCUGAGCAGAAAGAUGAGGGUGGCCCACUCUGGCCAGAAUGGCAAGUUGGAGGAGCCCCCUGGAAAGAGCUCUUCGCCUACCUUGGCCAGGUGUUCUCCUGGGUUUGAGAGGCAGGCUAGGCAAGGGUCUCUCAGGAGGAUCCAAAAAGCUAAAAAGUACAUACUUGAAUCAGAGUCCGAAAGUGAGACGAGUACUAGAGAGUUUCAACUGGACGAAGGAAAGUUAGAAGCAGGUGCAGAAAGAGGCAAUGGUGAAAUUUCCAAGAGUGCAAAGUCCUUGGCUGUUGCUGGAAGGACACCUGGCAAGAGGCUGUUAUGGAAGGCGAGGGAUUCUUUCCCAGAUGUUAAUGAAGACUGGACGGAGACGGAAUUGCAGAAGCUACACAGGGCUGUGGCUUCUUUUCCUAAGCACAAGAAUGGCUACUGGCUGGAUGUAGCAACGGCCGUGGGGACGCGAUCUGUUGAAGCAUGCCAGCAAAGGUACAUGGCAGAGCAGGAAGGCAGGAAGCAGGCCCCAAAGAGGACCGCCAAACGUGGGAAAAAGGAAGAAAGAGAGGAGGGGGUGAAGCAGCCAGUAGCAAUUGUGGCCAAGGUGGGAACUCUGAGAAGGAAGCAGCAGAUGCGCCACUUCCUUGAGCAGAUGGCCAAGGACAACCGUGAUGACCUCUUCAGUGCAAGUCCCUUUCAGAACAGGAGCACAAAGUUGCCACAGUUCCGCACCAUCCCAGAGGAAGACGUCUUCCAGCUGAAAGACAGCCACCCUAUCACACCCUCCUCGGCCAUCUUCCCAUUGGUGAAAACCCCCCAGUGUGAGCAUGUCAGCCCUGGCAUGCUGGAAUCUUUGGACAGGAAGGAAUAUGAGAAGCAUGUCUUCCAUCUGCAAAAGAACAUCAAAGGCAAGGGACACACAUGGCACAAUGUGAAGAAGAAAUCGGCUGAGACCGUGUUCAUGACACCCACCUCUCGAAGAAUGAACACCUUUGCCUUUGAAGGUGCCUUGGGUUCAGCAGAGGUGGGACAUCUCUUCCAAGUGGAUGAAGGAAUGCCAUCUGACGAAGAGGAGGACUUGUAUUUUUCCAGUUAGGCAGCCAACUGCCUUUACCAGGCUGAUCAUGUUAUAUCUUCCUCUGGCAACAGGCAGUUCUGCAACAUGUCCUGAGUCACCUUCUCAAAGUCAAAACGGUUUCUCAUGACUUUAUUUUUGUGGAUUACACAGACCUAUGAAGGUUGAGCUCUUCCUUGAGCUGCGUUAGGUUGGUGCCCAGCAAAGCUUCACUGUGUGCUGUGGUGGUGGUCAAAAUACAAAGAAGUCUGCCAUGGUUGGUUAUUGUGCCAUUUUCCUGCUAAGGAGGCUGCAUUUGGGCUUUUUAGUAGCAAAAUGUUUUUAAAAGUUACUGUAUAAGAAACUUCCAAAAGUGGUGUUUAGCAUAUCAAAGAAUCUUUAAACUUCCUCUGUAAAGAACAGCAUUUACAUAUUUUUGUAUUAAACUUGUUUUCUCAGUGGCU